AUGAUUGUAGUGGCCUCCGCCACCACCGCCGUGCUGGAAGUGGCCGCCACCGCCACCGUGCUGGAAGUGGCCACCACCUCCGCCACCACCAUGCGGAUAGGGAGCGCCACCACCGCCGCCGCCGUUCUAGAAGUGGGCGCCGCCACUGCCGCCUGGACCGCCACGAUAGCCCCCACCUCCGCCACCCUUGGGAGGGUUCUGAGAGGGUUUGGGAGGCCCGCGACCGCGAUAGGCGGCAUUGGCAGAAGACUUGAAGGCGCCGGGACCAGUUCCUUGGAACAGCUCGACGCGCUAAUCGAAGUUGGAGAUCAUGCCAAAGAGCUCGUCGGAGGAGACAGGAUCAACGCGUACGUCAAGAGCAGAGAUGAUAGGCUGAUAUUCCAUCCGCGAGUUCGUGAGACAGCGCCCGCAUCUGCCGCGCUCGACCUCCAGGGCCUGCGCCGCAGGAUGACGAACCUCUUCGCCAUCAUGUACCGCCACUUCGACGAUCAGGUGGCUCUACGGCGGCGUAGCCGGGAAGCCGGAGAGGCGCCCAAGAAGGACGUGUUGGACACGGUCCUCGAUAAGGACGGCGAAUGGAAGCAGGAGGGGUCUCAGCUAAGCCAUGAUGUCAUGAGAGCACUCCUCUCUGAUUUGUACGGCGCUGGAGCGAGCACGACAGCGGCUCUCAUCGAGUGGGGAAUGGUGGAUCUGCUUCAGAACCCAGAGGUGAUGCGCAAGGUCAAGGAGGAGCUCGCUAUGGUUCUUGGCGACAAACCGCUCAUGGAAGAAUCCGACAUUGCCCGGCUCCCAUACCUCCAAGUCGUCGUCAAAGAGAUCCUUCGUCUGCGGAUGGUGGUGCCGCUAGUACCUCGCAAAGCGGAGGCUGACAUCGAGGUGAAUGGUUACAGGAUCCCUAAAGGCACCAACGUGAUCCUGAACGCAUGGGCGAUUAACCGGAGCGCCGACGCAUGGUGGGAUCCGGACAAGUUCGUCCCAGAGAGGUUCAUCGGCGGCGAGACCAAGAACUUCCAGCUGGGGCAGGAUUUUGACAUGAUCCCAUUCGGUCUUGGCCGACGCAUCUGCCCCGGGAUGCCGCUUGCACAGAAGCUGAUACCCCUGAUACUUGGCACGCUUCUCCAUCGGUUCGAGUGGGAGCUUCCGGCGGAGGUCAAGGAGGCUGGGAUAGACAUGACAGAGAAGUGUGGGGUGGUGUUAUCUCUAGUCACCUCCCUUACAGCCAUACCCAGGGAAAUAUGAC